CGACGUGCUGGGCGUCAACCCGAGCGCGCGAGUGCACUCCCGGGACACCACGCCGCUGCAGGAGGCCCACGCGAGGGGGCUGACGGACCUCAUCGCCACCUUCCACAAGAACAGGCCGCCGGACUCCCGCUUCGCCCAGAAUGAGGAUAUUCGGCGGACGUUGGACAUAUACAGAGAGCGUAUCAGGGACGUUUUUGGCGCCGCCAGGAGAGGCUGCUACAAGGCAGAGGCGGGACGGUCGAGGGGCGUUCGAGACCUGCUUUUCCAGGACCGCGAGAUUAGCACCUCCCUGCCUGGCACCGUGCGAGGCCCUGCCGGCGUCUCGCUCCUUCACAUCGCAGCGUCAGUGAGCAACACGAACGAGGCUCCCCUGUGGGACGUUGGCGAUGUGCAUAAUCUUGUCUACGCCCACGGAGCUUACAUGAACGCUGUGGACUCCACUGGUAAGACGCCUCUGCAUUACCUGGCGGAAAGUGCUUCGUGUAGCAGUUUCAAAGAGAGCUGGGAUGAAUUCUCGCCCUGCGAACAAUGGGCCUCCCUCGCCAAGUGGCUGCUCAGGCAUGGCGCCAACCCCGCCCUUGCAGACCACCGGGGCCGGCUUCCCGAGGACCUGGCCGCCGCGAGGGAAAACCACCGUCUUGCUGGCCUUCUGAGAGACGCAAGGAAGUCGCGUCCCUGCAGCGAAGGCAGUGGCACCGCGGACGAAGAUCACCAGAGUCUGUUGGCCGCUGCUUCCUUAGGGAAGCUGGAGGCCAUUAGAGAGCUGCUCGGGAGGGGCGUUAGCAUGGACCCCCGCUGUGGAUACUCGAGUCCCCUUCACCUGGCAAUCACCAGGGGCCAGAGGGACGCAGCUAUGUUGCUGCUCUCGGCUGGGGCGUCUUUGACAGCCUGCAGUAGCGACGGAUUGACGGUGCUUCAGGCCGCGCACAGGACGCCUGACCUACCUGCCCUUUUCCCCGCGUUUAUAAGACAGGAAUAUGUAGUUUUGCUGAAUGACGAAUUUUCACGAGUGACGGGGGACAGUGAAGAAUGUCGUGAGCUUCGUCGAGGUCUUGAGCAGCUACAAACAGCUGUUGAAGAAAGAGGGUGUGAGGCAUCAUGGCCUCGCGAGGUCAGCUGGGGUACAAGCUGGAGUCUCCUUGUGGAAGCAGCCAGACUAGGUCUCCCUCUCACAUGCCAGUUCUUGAUGGCAGCCGGAGCGAGGAUGUGCAGACUGCCUCGAGACCUUUCUCACCCCCUUGCCGUCGCUGCGGAAAAUCGUCAACUGAACAUGAUCAAGGUGCUUUGCCGUGACCUUCACAUGCUACCCUAUGGCAUUGCAAGACUCCCGGAGAACAGUUUAACGCCCGGCUUGGUGAAGUACCUUCGCAAGGAGGAGACAGCUCGCCUUGAGGAACUAGCUGUACAAAAUUCCAAUAUUCCAGAUGAAGAUGCAGCAGAAGCACUUGCCUGCUACGAGCAGAUGGAAGGCAGUCAAAAUGCCUUGGUUUCUGCUUCGUUUUUGCGACUUGCCGGGAAAUGUGGGUUGGUGCAUCUACUCCAUUUUGCCCGACAGUGCACUAGAGUUGAGCUCGAGAAUGUAGUGGAUGCUGCCUCUGGAUCAAAGUUACUGCACAUCGCUGCGAGAAAUGGCAGGACGACAAUGGUUGAAUACUUAGCAGCUGUAAAUAGUGUAAGAACAGACACAACCCUUCACAAAACUGGAGGGUUUACCGCAGCCCAUCUGGCCGCCUUAAUGGGCCACACGGCUUGCUUUCAAUAUCUCCGAUGCUUUCCUGGUGGGGAUGCGCAGUCACAGGUCGGCAUGACACCUUCGGACCUUCUGCGUGGUUUCCAAAACAACGUGGAAGUUCUGAGGCUGAACGUCGUGUCUAAAAGGGAGGAAAAUAUAAUCUUCAAUGAAAACAGGGCAGACGUGGUUUCGAAGACCCUCCUAGAAGUCAAAGCUCGCCAUAUGGGUAUCUUCUCACCAGCUCAACUCAGAGAAGCUAGUCUUCAGUACAAGGUAAACUUUAACACGCGGGAAAACCUUCGCAUCAACAGAACCAUAACACGGGAAAUGACGAGAUUGUGUCAACGAAUUGGUGAGCUUGACCCUCGCUAUGAAGGAAAUCUUGUCCAAGUUGGAUCCGUUGCUGAAGACAUACGAAUGUUUACUGCGGAUGAAAUGGACUUCAAUCUUGAGCUCUGCAAUUUCCAUUGUUUCAAAGGUGGAAGAGCUACAGCGAGAUCCACGCAAAGAGAUGGCGGAAAUGAUCACUUGGAGGUUCUUCUCGAGAGUGUUGAGGAACCAGAAAUGUUCAGAGACCAAAACUUUAUACUCUUUUUCAAAAGAGCAACUGAAAGAGCGCUAAAGAACUUUCAGUUCCAGUCACCAUAUUUGUCAGUCAUUUACCCGGGCCUUGAGACAACCAAAGUGGGACUGGCACUAUAUCUCGCGUGGUGUGAACCUGGCCCUCGAACGCUUCUGCUCAGCGUGGAUCUCGUGCCGGCCGUCAGAGCGCCCUGGCCAGAAGUCAACGGUCUCCAUCAACUUCCAUACAACAUACGCGAAGAGAUCCAUGAUAUGCCCGUCUCCCUUACCUCCUGCGGCCAAAACAGUUGGCGUUACAGUCUGUCGGUCACAGAAGCAAGAAUCAUAUCAGAUCUGUGCGAAGACAACAAGCGCGCAGUAAUCAUGGCCUGCAAACUCAUCUGCUCCUUGCUAAAGUAUGAUUGGUGGUAUCCGGAGAAGUAUAAGAGGCAUUACCAGGUGUGGAAUCGCGUGUAUCUGAAGCUAGACUCGCCCGUGUCAUACAUCAUAAAGACAUUGUUCACUAAAGAGGUCUCGCGCGCCAAGGACUGGGCGCCGGAACAUUUUAUAGAACGCAUUAUAUCGAUUUUUGACAAUAUGAUAUCCGCUGAUACGUCAGAAAUAGCUCGAGUCAAGUCCUUUCUGUUACCCGAAUAUGAGUCAAACCGCUUCGGCUACGGGGCUUCGGCGAUUAAGAGUUUCCUGGAGGAUUUGAGAGCAGGGAGGUUCAGAUGAGCCCAGUGAUUCGGCACGAGAUGGAAAUCGUAGAAAAAAUCCACUUCUCGACUUUAGUCUAAAAGUAACGCGUUUGCUCGAUACGAGUACGUAAUGUUCAUUUAUGUUUGGCAGAUAUUAUAUUAUAUUUUGGAUUUAUGGUAAAUGUUUAUUUCUAGAUUUUAUUGUAACUAAAGCAUAUAUAAACCUAUUAUUGUGCAUAUGAUAUUGUGUUCUUUUAAAUUUGACACAUAUUUUCUGUAUUAUAUUGUAAGCAAAACUUUUAUAAUCCACAUUUUAUACUGUA